ACAAACGAAACGAAGGUGUGGAAGUGUAAACAACUUUCAGCACUGUGCUUGUGCAUUGUGCGAUCAAGAUGGCUGCGAACAUGGACGAAGAUCAAAGCCUUCAUGAGUGCGAAAAUUACGUGCAAACUCACAAUGUACAACAAAUACUCAAAGACUGUAUCGUACAGUUAUGUGUCAACAGGCCUGACAAUCCAGUCAGCUAUCUGAGAGAGUAUUUCCAGAAGUUGGAGAGGGAGCAGGCUCGUGAGUCGCGGAAGCAGGCUGCCUCGCCGGAGGAGGGCGAUGACCUGUCACCACUGCCGGCCCAGGUCACCGGACCGGUCAAACGGCGCGGUGCCAUCUCGGCAGAGCCGGUCACAGAGGAUGAUGCUACCAGCUAUGUCAAAAAGGUCGUGCCGAAGGACUAUAAGACGAUGGCUGCGCUCAGCAAGGCCAUCGCCAAAAACGUACUCUUCUCGCACCUGGACGAGAAUGAGAGGUCGGAUAUGUUCGACGCCAUGUUUGCUCAGACGUUCCUCAAGGGCGAGACCAUCAUCCAGCAGGGCGACGAAGGCGACAACUUCUACGUCAUCGACUCCGGCGAGGUGGAGGUGUACGUGGACGCUGAACAAGUGACCACCAUCUCGGAGGGCGGCAGUUUCGGCGAGCUGGCGCUCAUUUAUGGCACGCCGCGCGCCGCCACCGUGCGCGCCCGUACCGACGUCAAACUGUGGGCCAUUGACCGCGACACCUACCGGAGGAUUCUGAUGGGCUCCACCAUCCGCAAACGCAAGAUGUACGACGAGUUCCUGAGCAAGGUCUCCAUUCUGGAGAACCUGGACAAGUGGGAGCGUCUCACUGUAGCCGACAGUCUGGAGCCGGUGUCAUUUGACGACGGGAAGGCGAUCGUGCGCCAGGGCGAGCCGGGUGACGACUUCUUCAUCAUCGUGGAGGGCACGGCGGCUGUGCUGCAGCGUCGGACCGAGGACGAGCCGGCGGUGGAGGUCGGACAGCUCGGGCCCUCCGACUACUUCGGCGAGAUCGCUCUGAUGCUGGACCGCCCGCGGGCGGCCACGGUGGUAGCGCGCGGCGCUCUGAAAUGUGUCCGGCUCGACAGGGCUAGGUUCGAGCGCGUGCUGGGACCCUGCUCGGAUAUUCUCAAGAGGAACAUCACCCAGUACAACAGCUUCGUCUCGCUGACGGUGUAAGUCUACUGCCGCCACGGCCCCUCCCGCUGAAGCCAGCGGAGGUGGCCCAAUCUGACAGACGGGCCGCGACCGAUGUAAAAUCAGUGACGUCAUCGGCCUGAAUCAGUGACGUCAUCGGCCGGCCGAUGGAACAUCUGUGACGUUCACGAGCGCGCGGGGCCUGCCACUGGAGCCGCGGAAUCGCGAGAUGUAGUCAAACGGUGAUUGUGCUAAACAGAUACUCUGGAGUAGCUGGGGUUAGUCUCCUUUCUAUACGAUAGAAAACGAUUAAUCAACUAGCUCGCGCGCGACGUAUGAAGUAGGGAGCAGCUCUGCCGAGUUAUGCGCGUUCCGCCGUGGUUCCGGGAUGGUUCCACCGUGGUUCCGCGGCUCCACUGGGAGGUUCUGCGUUGCUGCGGUCUGGCAGAAGCGGACGCCUUGCUAGCUAUCAGACGAUGAGGUGUGCCUACGCGAACCGCGACGCCGGGCGGCUGCUGCCACGGCCGUGUUUCAGAGGACCCUCGCGGUCAGGUGGAACAUGUGGGGAGAAAGUGGACGAAGGGUGGACACCGGUGGAUGAGAGCGCGAGUGGGGGUGGAGAGAGUGGGGACUGUGGUGGUUUGGGUUGGAUGGUGGGGGGUAAUGAGGCGUUGGACCUGUGUUGUCCUGGAGAUUGGAGUUAUCCUGGGAGGUGUGAAAUGAUUGGGGAGUGAUCUGGCGGUCAUCUGGAGUGAUUCAAGAGUGAUCUAGAACGAUCUGGAGUGAUCUGGAGUGACUUGGAGUGCAAUCUGGAGUGCGAUCUGAGAAUGGCGGGCGCGCUAGUGUCGAAUUCGACAGCUGCUAUUAGCACUGUGCAGUACGAUUGUUACAACGCCGCGACCUGUGCCGCCUGCCGGUGAGCCGCGCGGCGGCCGGCGCCGAGUGAGGCCUAUGUGGCGCACGCAUCGAUUGCCUUCGCCGCCGUCUGGCAGCGCAGGUGUGUGAGAUAUGGCAGCGCUGGUGGGAGAUGUGGCAGCCCGCUGGUCGGGCCGCAGCCGCGCGGCGAAGAGAGGAUUUGUACCUAGAUAGACUAAUAUUUAUUUACACAGUAUAUGUCGGACGAGUUGCCGACUCGGCGCGUUCCCGUUCGGUUUGGUAGUGCGCGCGUAUGGCACUGUGCGAGGAGCGCCGACUGGCAGCUGCCCGCCUGAGGACACCCGCGCGCGUGUGUGCGUGUGCGUUACUAUGGGUGUGUGCAAAUAGGCGUGUCUGGGCUGGUCCUGCGCGUGCUGAAUAUGUUGAGUGGUCUGUUUGAAUUCAUUUCUGUGACGUCUGGGGUCUGAUCAGACUUCAGUCUGCUUCAGACGCGUGUGUAGUCUGUUCCAGCGGCAGUCUGCGGCACUCGCGACUCGGUCAGACUGCAGUCUGUAGUCGGACCACAGUCUGGUCUAAUGGACCGACCUGCUGCCGUACCUUCUCCGCGUCGUGUGCCUAUUAUUAUUAUCACAGUUCACGCUCGCGUCGCGAAAUCGAGAGUCUAGCGUUUCAUUUAGAGAAUACAGUUGCAGCUGCUUCA